CAGGUCCACAUUCGACAAAGCAGAGCUGAGGUCUCUCUCCAUAAAGCCAGGGCCUUCAUAUCAUCCUAUUACAUCACCUCUGCAUAAGCCACGUGCGUGGCACACAGACAGCAGAUUCAUGUUUAUAUGUAUAACUAACUGCUCAGUAGAUCUGCUCAAAUAUGUCACUACCAUGUCUUCGGACCUGAUUCAUCUUAGUCCCAAACAUAUCCAGCAGUAUGGAGUGUGAUUCAUUCAGUCUUAGUAAUAAUGUAUUUAAGUAAUUCUGCAGGGAUGACAGACUCUCCUCUGUCAUCCAUUCCUCUCUCUACUCCCCCUGCUCACUUACAGAGAUCUCUGGUAAUUAGGUGAUGAAGGCUUUUAUGGCCCAGCAGCAGCCUAGCACUGAUUCAGCUGCACGUAGCACACAGCUCCUCCUCAGCCAGUCCGUGACAGCUACCAGGCAAAACAGCCUUUCAGUGGGAUAGAAAUAGAAUGAAACCAAAAUGAAAGACGGAAUAACUAAAUUAAUUUCAGGGCACUUGAAUUACUUUAUUCCUGGAGACGAAGUGGAGUGUGUUUGUUGGAAGUAAUCUGUUCUCCUCUGAGGCUGUGAGACAGAGCUCAGUCCCCAGUCAGUGCUGUGAUGACUGGUGUGCUGUCAGUGAGACAUGACCUCUAAUGAAGCGUUUGCUGAACUGACAGAUUCAGACACUGUUGUGGAUGCUGCCUCAUUAAACCAAAUGAGCGAGAAAAGAGGAGGUGAACGAAUGUAGGGAGGGGUUUAAAUCCUCAUUAUUGAUGAUUUUCACAUCCACACACUGAGACAGAACAAAGUACAGCAUCUCCAUGUUAUGCAGGUAGUCCGAACUCUCUUCAUCAUCAUUUGAAAAGUAAUUCUCAAAACGUUUACCUUUAUUUCUAUGUCCUGCUGUGAAUUACUUCCUUGUUGGAAACUGAAAGUAUUGUGUAUGUUGUCGAGGCAGAUUCUGUAAAUGAUCUAUUAUUAUGCCUGAACAGUUUGGAGCGGGGAGGGGAAGAGGUAUGGGGCUAGAAAAAAAGCAUGGUCUUUCAAGCAUUAACUUGGAGUUACAAAGUAACCUGUAGGGAGAGUUGUCAUAGAAACAGCUCAUUAUAAUGAAAAGUAUAAAGACAGGGAUGGGGGCACAGACCUUCCAUUUUAACCACAACUAAACCUGUUACCUCACUUGUACAGCUGCAACAUACAGAAUGGAGACCUGAGAUGUAUGCCACCACAACUGACUAGGGGAGUUAUUGUGUAACUAAGGGUGUCAUACCAACGGGCUAUGCUAAUUUAUCAAGAAAGAAAAGUAAACUACAGUACAUCAAGAACCGUAGCAGCUGGUGGCGGAGCAUUAAACACCACAUACAGCCAAACGAAUGAGAGAACAUGAAUCGGAGGACUCAAAACAAGUGAGACUUUUGCUAAAAGCAUAGCAUAGCAUAGCAGCAUAACGGCCAUAGCGGAGGGCUAGUGGUGGACUAUGGGCUCUAAAGGAUCCAGGUCCAGGCUGAGUCAGGUGGCCCCAUGUCACAGUCAGCCAGAGGGAGACCUGGACCAGCAGGCCAGUCAUCCCACCUCACAAUGGACCAUCUCUGCUGUGCCAACCCCACUGGAGCCACAACAUGGGCCCUUAGGACAUAGGACUAUCCAGCUGCCCCCACUGAAAAUGGAAAACUCUGCAAGCUUCCCCCCACUAUCUACAGAAUCAUCAUAUGUAGCAAGCAGCCUUCCACAGAGUCAAAGCAACAUUUGUGGACCAAGCAUCAUUCAUUCUCAUCCACCACGAAGACUACAGGCGUUGCAACCACUGGCCCCUCUUAGUGCAGGCCUCAAGGUUACUGCCAAUCACAUGGCCAUGGGAGGACUCCUGGAGGCACAGAUGGUCCUCAGUCAACAGGCCCAGCGAAGAAGGAGAGCCCACCAGAGACGAGUCCGAGAGCAACGGGUCCACGAGAGGACAAUCUACAUAGAUAAUGUUGAAGCACCAAGCAGCAAAGGGAUACAGAGACUGCAUCUGCUAAACAGGCCAACCCAAAGGGACAUAUUUUGGGAUGAGAUGACAGGAGAGAGUCUCGACCUCAAGGAGAUCCUCCAACCAAGCCCCCUUCCCCUGGAGCAGGGAGAGAGACAGCAGUCCCAGCCUGGACCACCACAGUGCCUGUGUAGGGAUGAAGAGCUGAUCAACAGAGACUUGGCAUGGGGAGGCCUCAGGAGUCCUCACCGGAAAACCAAUACUCUCACAGACAGAGUAGAAGGGGAGACAGAUGGUGGACUGACCAUGAGGAAAACCUUACCUUCGAUGCUGGACUGGAAGACAGAGAAACAAAGAGAUACAAUUCCCAAACACUUGAGCUCUUUUGGGGAUAGUGAGAGGGCUAGUAGGAGGCCUCUGAGAGGCUGGCAGAGAGAGGGCAUUAGAGGUCUAUGUCAUGGGGAGAGAGGGAUUUGGGAACCUGACCUGGAGUAGGAGCUGUUUGAGGGGUUUACUAAUCUGGAUUAGAUCAGAUCUCCAAUCUCAGUUUGCAAAAUGCUAAUGGUGUAUAGGUGGUCACUUCAUUUUGAAAAGCAGAAAUUGUAGCUCAUUUAUCUUUUAAACUGUUAGCAUUUUUACUGUAUGAUCACAUGGCAAACUAAAUAUUGGUUUGUCAUAACCAAAGUAUUUCAGAGAAUGUGUCCACCACCAGUGUUAAACUAUCACCUGAAUGUAUUCAUAGGAUUGCUUCAUUAAAAUAGCAGCUGUGGUUAAAGUCUAGGAUUGCUUCAUUAGAAUAGCAGAUGUGGUUAAAGUAAGUCUCAUUGUGGGAACAUAUCUGUUUUCCAUAACAAAUAAAUGUGUUUAUGAAAGUGAAUCAGUUUGAAGGCAGUGUGUGGCGCCCUCUAGGGCUGAUAGUGAUACUACAGGUGUGGAAAGGUCUAAAAUUAGCUUGAUGUAACACCAGCUUAAUGCUCAGAAGGUGAGAAAGCACAUUAAAAAAUAAUACAUUUGGCUUUUUGAUCUUAUUUCCAUCAUGAUUAACAAUACAUGGUACUUAUAUAGCGCUUUUCAAGG